CGCGGUGGCCCACGGCCUGCGGGUGGCGCUGUGGCCCGUCGAGCGGCCGCACGGAGCCGCCAUAGCUGUUCUCCUCCCCCGGCCCAACGUCUCCGCCGCUGGCUCCGCGCCGCCGUCAUGGCCGACGUGGAAGACGGCGAGGAUUCCGGCGUCCUCUCCUCUCACUCCGGGAGCGCAGGCUCCAAGGCGGGGGGCGACAAAAUGUUCUCCCUCAAGAAGUGGAACGCGGUGGCCAUGUGGAGCUGGGACGUGGAGUGCGAUACGUGCGCCAUCUGCAGGGUCCAGGUGAUGGAUGCCUGUCUCAGAUGUCAAGCUGAAAACAAACAAGAGGACUGUGUUGUGGUCUGGGGAGAAUGUAAUCAUUCCUUCCACAACUGCUGCAUGUCCCUGUGGGUGAAACAGAACAAUCGCUGCCCCCUCUGCCAGCAGGACUGGGUAGUCCAGAGAAUCGGCAAAUGAGAGUGGAAGAAGGCUGUCUUAGUGCAGUUGUUCGGAGCCCUGGUGGAUCGUGUUAUCAAGUGCCCUCCAAAGUCUUCAGCAUUCCAGGGGCUUAAUUCUUCAACUAGGAGGAGAAGGAUCUGUGGGCCUUUGGUACUCAUCAAAGGCAUGGUUUAGGCUUUUGUCAGUUUUAUUUUCAGAAACUUUCUACAAUUAAGAAGAUAAUUUAUUAAAGAUAGUCUUUCCUACCUCUGUGGUGUGCAUCACACACACUGCUUAGAAGUGCUAUAGAAGAGGAGAGAACUACAAAUUGAAUGACCUUGAUAAUUUACCCGUUGAUACCCAAGGGACUGUGGAAGCAGUUCCGUUCAAAGGAGAACUUUUUGCGUGCUUAUGGUUGAUCAGUUAAA